CGCUGUAAACAUCACGCGUUUUGUGUCUCCGUCAGCUCGCACACUUUCAUUAUCUCUCGUAAUACCCUUUGCAUCGAUCCACGCCAUACAUCUGGACGAAGCAUUCAUCGUGCGUUUCUAUCCGCGAUCACGGUUGAUUAAUCGCUGCCGAUUCAACUUUUACUAUCUCCCGAAACGCGAAACGAUUCAGUGAACGGCCAUAAACAAGAAGAAUAUUUACAAACAGUGAUCAGUCACCUGGAGCGUUCCAGUGAUUUAUUACCGAACACUAUUGCCUUCCUGAACGUUGCGAAUUUUACCAAUUCCAGUUUCACCUCUUUGUACAGGUGAACCUCUCAGUGAUAGUCGAUACUGUUCCUCAAAUUUUUAAUUAAUAUUUUAACGAAACAUUAUUCCGUUUUUGUAUGUGGUACUUCAUUGUUUACCAGCAGCUAGCUCACGACUCCUGAUGCCUCAGAUUUUAGUAUUUGAACUCAUGUGCUUCGUGUCUAGUCAAAAAUAAGAGAACAAUCAAGUGUUCAUACUUUGAAUCUAACACUUCUGGUCUUUUCGGCCACUGCAAAUUUUAGUCAGUUGAAGUUUAAAUUUUGAUCAACCAGGUUAAACAAGUAAUCGAAUAGGAGAAAGGUAUUUAAGAACAGUGAUCAAUCAAGCAUCCAUAGUGAACAAUUUACUUUGUGUCUUAAUCGAAUAACUGAAAACGAGUAAGGUGAAUAGUGAUCGAUCACCCGAAGUUGAAGUGGCCAUACGCAGUUUUUAAUUGGCCAACCAGUUCGAACGUGGAUGACGAGUAUGACGCGAUAAGGAUCGAUGCUGAUAAGAAUUACUUGAAAAGACUUCGAAGAUGCUCGCUAAUUUUGGAAGCAACGAGAGCAUACUGGGUUACCUGUCCGGCAGAGAUUCUCAGGAUGUCGAUCUCGACGCGAUCCUUGGCGAGCUGUGCGCUUUGGAGCGCCGCUGUGACGGAGACAUCGCAGCUACGCCUGCUCCCGAUUCGCAGAGACAAGGACGACCCAAUAGCACAAGGAUCACCGCUGGUGACAAUACCGACAUUGGGAAAAAUGAAGGAGCUAUGCGCACCGACAGUCCUGACAAUGAUAGUGCGUUCUCGGAUACGGUGUCGAUGUUGUCCAGCGAGAGUUCCGCAAGCAGCAGCGGUUCCGGUCACAAACCACCUCAGACCGCCAUGCACACCGCCCCACAACAGCAGUCUCACCAGCUUAUGGACGCAGCGAGCAGAGUCAAGGCGGAGAAAAUCCGUUUGGCGUUGGAGAAGAUGCGCGAGGCGAGCGUUCAGAAGCUCUUCAUCAAAGCGUUCACCUUGGACGGCAGCGGCAAAAGCUUAUUGGUGGACGAAGGAAUGAGCGUAGCUCACGUAUGCAGGUUACUAGCUGACAAAAACCACGUGCCAAUGGAUCCGAAAUGGGCGGUGGUCGAGCAUCUGCCUGAUCUUUUCAUGGAAAGGGUGUACGAGGACCACGAGCUGCUCGUAGAAAAUCUUUUACUGUGGACGAGAGACUCGAAGAACAAACUGCUGUUCGUGGAGAGGCCAGAAAAAACUCAACUGUUUCUUACUCCAGAAAGAUUUCUUUUAGGUCCAUCCGACAGGAACAGCGGCGAAUACGAUGAUCAUUCUCGUAAUAUACUUCUGGAGGAAUUCUUUUCUAGCAGCAACGUUGGAGUGCCAGAGGUCGAAGGACCACUGUUUCUAAAGUCAGACAGCAAGAAGGGUUGGAAAAGGUAUUACUUCAUUUUACGAGCAUCCGGCCUCUACUAUUGGCCAAAGGAAAAAGCUCGCACGGCUCGUGAUCUCGUUUGUCUGGCUACAUUCGACGUGAAUCAAAUUUAUUACGGCAUUGGCUGGAAAAAGAAGUACAAAGCUCCGACAGAUUUCUGUUUCGCCGUUAAGCAUCCCAGACUGCAGCAACCGAAGUCUACCAAGUACAUCAAGUUUCUCUGUGCGGAGGAUAAUGCGUCUUUAGAACGAUGGAUGGUUGGGAUAAGGGUGGCCAAAUAUGGAAGGCAAUUGAUGGAGAAUUACAGAACCCUCGUCGAUGAGCUUGCACAAGAGGAUCUGGACAUGUUGGCUCACGCUAGAUCCUGCUCCGUUAGCUCGAUCGCUGUGCCAGCUCAGAACCAAACUCAGUAUAAUACAACCAACGACAAUGCUCGCCAAUUCACUGAAAAUUCGAGGCAUAACGCAGAAGUGGCCAACGCUAGACAAUACGAUGGGCAGAGGCAGAGCUACAACUCUGAACAACGACAGAGUUAUAACAACGAUGGUAGACUGAGCAGAGCUAGUAGCUCAAGUUCCAGCGGGUGUUUGUCUGAUGGAGCACCUAGCAGUUGCGAGGUAGCUUUCGAGUGUGGCGAAUUUCCAACGGGAACCAUUAAGAGGAAACCCUCUAUGAAUCCAAAACUACCCCUCACAUCGAUCACGAGACAGUUGAAGGAAGUUGGAGAAACAGUUCGCGAUGAGCCAGAUUCUUGUCCAAGUCCGACGAGUUCCGGAUCCGGAACAUUAACCAGAAGGCAUAGUCGAAGAAGAAGCGGUACUGACUCAGAUGGAUCUGGAACGUUAAAGAGACACCAUCGAUCCGGAAACGCGACUCCAGUUAGUCCUGUACCUCCUGGUACGCCGGUCAGAGAACGAGCAAGUCCUAUGGGAUAUAAUAGAUCAGAGAUUCAGGAAUCGAAGACUCCUACUAGUCCCAUACCGCCUUGUAUGAUGGACUCAAUCACUUCGUUACCGCCACCACCGUCGCCAUCGAGGGUCGCCGAAGAAGCAGAAUCGGACAGCGAGCCACUUCCGCCACCUCCUCCAGAAAUGUUCCGCUCGAAUCUCUCUCUUGAUUCACUGCCACCGCCCCCAGCCCCCGGCGAACUUCCCAUGUGCAAUACCCCAGAACUCACUGGAUCUUCGUUGAGCUUGGCGUCUCUUCCGCCGCCCCCAAGUCCUCUGGUAGGUGAGACGGGAACCAUUCGGCGUGCACGACCGAAACAGUCCACUCCAACGAACUCCAUCACUCCCGAGGGUACUCCGACGCACACUUCGUCGAGAUCGACGAACAAUCAGCAGAUGUAUUCGAAUGCUACCAAUUCGAACAGCCAGAACUAUAACGCUAAUGCACAGAAUGUUCAUCACAUGAACAACACGACAAAUUCAAUGUCCUCUCCGCACAGUUCCUAUCCGGGAUCCAACGCGAGCACACCAACGUACGCUCCUAGUUCGCCGAACUUCACCACGCCUCCACCAUUCGUUCCUCCGCCAGCUUAUGGCACGCAGCAGCACAACAGUUCAAGCCUCAACAGGCAAAAUUCAAAGGUGGAGUCGCUGUAUGGAACCCAUCCAGCCAUUCAUCAACACAACUCCACGGUGCAACCCAUCAGGCCGAAUCCGAAUAUGGACACCGUACGACGAAGUGCCAUGAAGCAAGGAUCGAGUCAUUACGCGGCCCCGCCUUAUCUAGCAGAGCUAAAAGCCGCUUCCAGUCCUCAGCCACAGCGCAGAGUGACCAUUCAGGAACCGCCCACCUCGCCCAAAUCGAAAACAGGCACCGGGAAAAAGAUCUCGUUCAAUCUUCCGCCUCAGCAGGAACCAGGAAGUCCAGCUUUGCCCCAGAGAAAACCGAUGCCUCCCAGAAGAUCGGACAGUACGAGGCUCACGUCUCCCAAGAAGCUUGCUGCGUCCGAUCAGGCACCUCCCGGUGAUUUUCUGAAGGAUCUUCAGAGAGUGAUGAGGAAGAAAUGGCAGGUAGCUCAGAAGUGCAAGUUAGAUUCGACCACUACUCCACAUGAAGUCCUUGGAUUCCGCGAUCCACCGCCUGCAGUCGCGGAUUAUAGGGAAACCAACGUGUCGAACUGGGUUCAGGAACACUACGGAGCCGAUAAUUUGUACGAAAACGUUUAUGCUACGGAUCCCCAUGCCCCUGUCGAGUACGCUUCCAGCCCAGCCAGACAAGCCACCGUCAGGUUCGCCGACGAGAAUCGUAGCAUCAACAUCGUGACCGCCAUCGCCAGCAAAAGAAGACCACCUCCACCACCUCCGAAAAGGGCGGAGACCACGCAUCUGACCACCACGAGGGCGAUGCACUGACAAUAGCAGUUACUUCAGCCCCAUCCCGAAAGGCGAUGGUAUUGCUGUCUGUGCAGCUGGUGGAAACACUAACGAAAGGAGCGAGAGGAAUUUUCUGUGAUUCGGUCACCCUUUCGAGGUCCUAAAUAUAUCGAGUCCACACACGUUCAUCGUUCUCCGCGUCGUUGCACGCUUCCCGUUCGAAGUAGGACAAGAAGAGGGAAAAAAGGAAUGGACGGUUAUCCUCGCGAUCAAGUUCGGCUUUUUCUACGUCGUCAAAAGUUUGCAUGGGAUCGGCUUGGCUGGAAAUCGUUUAUGUCUGCCCAGGAAUUAAAGCGGCUACGAACCGUUCUAGGAUAAUCUAUGUACAUUUAAGGUCUCAAGAGAGUCUGUUCGAUACUGCCAAUUGAAAACGAUCAUCGAAUCAGAGCCCCGAGACUCUGAAUCGGAUAGGGAAUUUUUAACGAGAUGACGGCGAAUCGAUACUGCGAGUUCUCGGGUUCGGUGUCAAACAUCAGUCUCGGUACCCAGUGUUCGAUGGCCGAUCAAAUUAGAUCGUAAGGGAAAAUACUGCCGCACAUAUUGAGGAUGUGAUAUAGAAGUCUUAAGCUACUACUGGUUGUCUCGUGAUCGGGGACAAUCGAUCUGCGAGCAAUUUUUCUCUCCGACGAGGAAAAUCAACAAUGGGACACCUAAGAUCGCGGUUCUCUUUUUUCGGUGAUCGAUCAAAGCCUCCUGGAAUCGCGAUCACAUUUCUGUGUGCAAGUUGUAUCCAGAGUUUAACUAGGCUUAGCUAAGUAUCUCUGAUGUUGUUCGCUGGUAUGCAUCCGUAAACACAAAGUGGAAUGGAUAUUUUCACGUUGUUCCGAUGGAAGAAUUGUACAUCUGGAUGCGAAUGAAUGCAGUAGAUAGUUGACGCGAUGAUUUUGUAACGAAGAAGGUGCUUUUUACGGACACGCAGGAUAAAGAGCGAGAGUAAGAGAAACUGAUAGAGAGACAUUGUGUCGGGAAACACACGCAUUGUGUUGUUGUUUUCGUUUCUUUUCCUUUUUGAUGCCUCAUGCAUAGGUGUGUAUGUAUAUAAAUGAAACACGUACGAGCGUUUAUAUCAAUGUAUCGAAUUUUGAUGCUGUAUGUUUAUAUGAUAUCGUGCGAAUAUUGAAGUAUCCUUCGCGACGUGGACACGAUAACACCAUAAUCUAUUCGAUGGACCUCGAUUGAACGCGACACGCGGCUCUAUUCGCUCUUCGUUCGUCGUCGAGGCUGGUCUACACAGUUUCCUCGACCAACGAGAUCUCUUACACGCUAUUUCCGUCAUUUUCCUUUUCGACGCUUCGAGCGAAUAUGUUCGAGCUAACCAGACUCGAAGCAACACGAUCGAACAACUUCGUCGUGGACUUGCAAUUGGUUUCACUUGAUUGCAUGACAUUUUUUAUUAACGUUUGAAUUUAAUUUUCACGUUAUUUCGAACUUUGUAACCGUGUUAGGAACACGCAAAAUGAGAUCUUCAUUUAACGUUGUCGUUAAUCGCGACUCGAUACAUUUUACUUGUAAGUUGAAGCUGCAAGGUCGGAAACAGUACCGCAGACAACCAACUGAUUUCUCCAUCAUAUCACUCUUAAUCCCGUUUGAAUAAAAUCAUGAAAGUCUCA